CGAAUCUCUUUCCGACGACUACUUCCACCCCACGCAGGCACUCAAUUGCACUCAUCAAGAUGAACGUUUCAAGGGCAUUUGUUCGGGCUGCGAACACCUCAGCAACACGCGUGACAAUUGCGCGCAGAGCCGCCGCUCAGCCGGCAAUCCGCUCGUACGCAACUCCAGCCUCCAGCGCCGACACCAAGCCUCCUGUCGCCCUCUAUGGCCUCGAUGGCACCUAUGCCAGUGCUCUGUACACUGCUGCCGUGAAAUCGCAGUCUCUCGAUACCGUGGCCAAGGCCCUCAGCGCCCUCCAGGAGGUCUACGUCAAGGACCCAAAGCUCUCCAGCAUCAUGCAGGCACCUACCCUCACCUCCGAGGACAAGUCCGCCAUCAUCGCUGAGCUCCAGAAGCACACCGGCGGCCAGGACAAGGCCGACACCGUCAAGAACUUCCUCAACACUCUCGCCGAGAACAACCGCCUGGCUCUCCUCGAGGGUGUCUGCACCAAGUUCGGCGAGCUGAUGGGUGCCGCCAGAGGCGAGAUUGAGCUUACCGUCACCAGCGCUACUCCUCUCGACAACAAGACCCUCACCCGCCUCGAGUCUGCCGUUGCCAAGUCCCAGUACGUUGGCCAGGGCAAGAAGCUUAAGGUCACCAACAAGGUCAACUCCGAUAUCCUCGGCGGCCUCGUUGUUGAGAUCGGCGACCGCACCAUCGACCUCAGCGUUUCAUCCCGCAUCUCGAAGAUGAACAAGCUGCUCACUGAUACUUUGUAAAUGGCCUGGUCAGACGGAAGAUAGAGUUAGAAUGUUUUGGGGAACGGGAGAGGUGUAUCAAUAGACUAGCUGCGACCUAGGUUGAGAUGCAACAAUGUAUAUGAAAAUCGAGAGCUUUAAUCUACUUGUUCCAUCUAUUAUUACGUGGAAG